GUUAUCAAACAUUUUCUCAACUCAUGCGUUUCAACUCUGGUUUUGGAUGGGAUGCAACCACACAAAGAUUCACUGCCACAGAUGAAAUAUGGGAUAAUUACUUUAAGUCUCAUCCAAACCAGAAACACCUUCGAACAGACACUUUUGCUGACUUUGAGGAUUUAAAAAUUGCUGUUGGAAAUGGAACUGCCAUUGGAAAAAACUCUAUUGGAUUGGGAGACGAUACAGAUGCAAGAAUUUAUGGACAAGAUGAAAGUACACAUGGUAGGAUAGAUGACUAUGUAUAUGAUGAGAUUAACAAGAAUGCCACUCGAGUUGAUCUUCUAGAAAAACUUUCUCAUGGUUUGGACUCGAUUGGAAAAAUUGCCACUGAAAUUCGAGGUAUGUAUAACCUAAUAGAGAAAAGGGAAAAGGCAAUUAGUGAAAAGGAGAAAAAGAAUGAUAUUUGGAAUGCUAUUAAGGAAACUCCAAAUUUAGAUAACAUUGGUCGCUAUAAAGCACUUGCAUUGAUUCAGAAAAUGGGAGUUAAAGAUGCAUUCUUGAAGAUGUUACCUGAAGAGCGCUCAGAAUGGAUAUCAUUUAAUAUGGAAUGA